UGCAAACUGAAAGAAGGAGAGUAAAGCUAGUAGACAGAGCUCAAUAGAAGAAAGAAAUUAAAUAUAAAAAUCAUAUUUUUUUCUAAAGCCGACAAGCAACAAAGUCAAUAAAGAGCAAGAGGACAUAAUCAGCAAAAACUAAAUAUUCAGGUCAAGGGAAAAAAAUGAUGCCACAGUUGUGAAGACAGAAUACACAGAACAGAAAGAAACUGCAGAUAUCGUAUAUGGAAGAAGAUGCCAUUUGUGAGAUGAAGAACUGGGAUUGAGAGCUACUAUCAGAGCUUCAUUCAAAGGUAUCAUGGGGUGUGGUUGCAGCUCUGAGUACGAAGAUGACUGGAUGGAAAAUUUCGAUGUGUGUGAGAUCUGCCACCUGCCCAAGGAAAAGUCCUCACUCAUCUCAAAUUAUGAAGUUCAGGACCCGUUGGUUUUGUAUGUUGGCCAAAACCCUCCAAGAUCACCCCUGCAUGAUAACCAAGUUAUGGCAUUGUACAAUUACGAGCCAGUCCAUGAUGGAGAUCUUGGGUUCGAAGCUGGAGAGACGUUGCAUAUUCUGGAAUCGUUUGGAGAAUGGUGGAAAGCUAAGUCACUUCGUACAGGACAAGUGGGACUUAUUCCAUAUAACUUUGUGGCAGGAGUAAAUGGAUUAGAAAAGGAAUCAUGGUUCUUUAAAGAUUUAGGUCGUAAAGAUGCAGAGCGUCAGCUUCUAGCCCCAGGAAACCAACAAGGCUCUUUCCUUGUCCGAGAGAGUGAGACGAACAAAGGAUCCUACUCACUCUCAGUAAGGGAUCUGGAUCAGAAUCAGGGAGAGGUUGUGAAACAUUAUAAGAUUCGUAAUUUGGAUAAUGGAGGAUUCUACAUAUCUCCACGGAUAACUUUCAACAGCCUACAUGACUUGGUUCAACAUUACUCAAAUAAGAUGGAUGGCCUCUGCACUCUAUUGAAGCAGCCAUGCCAAACCCAGCGUCCACAGAAACCCUGGUGGGCCGAUGAAUGGGAAAUUCCACGCAGCAGACUGCAGCUGAGUAAGAAGCUUGGAGCUGGUCAGUUUGGAGAGGUGUGGAUGGGAUACUAUAAUGGACACACCAAGGUUGCAAUAAAGAGUUUAAAGGAAGGCACCAUGUCCACCGCGGAUUUCCUUGAAGAAGCUAAUCUGAUGAAACAACUACAGCACUCUCGACUGGUCCGUUUACAUGCUGUAGUAACCCAAGAGCCUAUAUACAUAGUCACGGAGUACAUGGAAAAUGGUUGUCUGGUGGACUAUUUGAAAACCCCAGAAGGGCUCAGACUAACCAUCUAUAAACUUAUUGACAUGUCUGCUCAGGUUGCAGAAGGCAUGGCAUUCCUGGAACGUAAAAAUUAUAUCCACCGUGACCUGCGAGCAGCUAAUAUCCUGGUGUCAGAAUCUAUAUGCUGCAAGAUAGCAGAUUUUGGACUGGCAAGAUUGAUAUUGAAUGAUACCUACACAGCUAAAGAAGGAGCAAAAUUUCCUAUUAAGUGGACAGCCCCCGAGGCAAUAAAUUAUGGGAAGUUCACCAUCAAAUCAGAUGUGUGGUCAUUUGGUGUCUUACUGACUGAAAUUGUCACCUAUGGACGCAUUCCAUAUCCAGGCAUGACUAAUCCAGAGGUAAUAGAUCGGAUUGAACGUGGAUAUCGUAUGCCGCAACCUGAUAACUGUCCUAAAGAGUUGUAUGAUUGGAUGCUUCACUGUUGGAAGGACAGGCCUGAGGAGAGGCCUACAUUUGAUUGCCUUCGCUGCAUGCUGGAAGACUUCUUCACAGCCACUGAAAGCCAGUAUCAGGCUCAACCCUAAUAAUACCUGCCUUGAACAGAAACUUUUAGAGUGCCCUUGGGAGAGGUGCCAAAUAUUCAAGCUCAAGCAGAUAUGCCAAUAUAUCCAAAACAUGAGUGCCCUGGGACUAUUGCAGGAGGAAUCCUAGCAUUAGCUCCAUGAAGACUUUGCCAGAUGGCAUUCAGGAAAACAGUCAGCUUAACAUUGCACACUUACACUCUAUUAGCACCCACACACAGGCCUAAUACUAUGCAAAGGGCUACCAGCACGCUUACUGGCAUUGCCAAUUGUCCACUUAUGCAUGAAAGGACAAGGCACUACCUCCAGUCAGGCAAUUAGAAAACAAUUCUAGUUUUAACUAUGCUCUUUUAAAGACAUCUUACUGCAGACGCAGAGUUAGAUCCUGCUAUACUCGUAGAUUGUUGUGGAAUCCACUGUCUACCUGUUUCUUCCUUUUUAGAUAUUUUUCAUGAAGCAAAAGCCAUUUAAAUUCUCUUACAUUGUAAAUAAAAUUCUUUAUGGCUAUAUGAA